UUUAAAAAUGGAGAAUGCCCUCUGCCCUGUCUGAUACACCAAUAACGUUACUAAACCUUCUCUUAAUUGAGGAUUCAAGGUCUGUAGCCAGUGCUUAGUCAACUGGAUAGAGAGCAAAGCAACAGUGGAGUUCAUACCUAAAUUCAGUGACAAAUUUGAGAAGGAAAAAUGUCAAUCUGAGCAUAUUCUUUGUAUUAAUGUAGAAUGAGAAAAAUAAUUUAGACAGAAACCUUAUAUUACAGGAAGAAAAGGAAGAACAUACCCUUGGGUAUAAGGAAUGAUUUGAGUUUCUUCAAGAAGCAGAAGAUCAAGAGGCUCUAGAAAAAUUUAGUCUCUUAAUGUUGAACUUGAUAUCUAUUAAUGGCAAGGAUUAUCGCAAAUGUCCCAAAUCAGGAUGAAAUUAUAUUGGAACUAUAGAUCUCAAGCCGAGCAGACAAAUGUUAUCCUGAGAGAAGUGUGGCUUUGAAUGGUCUGACCCUGCUCUUUAUCCAUUUUGUAAGAGAUUCUUAUUGAAAUUUCAAAACUUCUUUUCAUACAACUCAGAUACCAUUAAUAACUUUCAGAAGAUUAUGAAGGGAGAACCUUGCCCUAAUUGUGGAAUAUGUAUCAUCAAGCUUGAUGGGUGUAGCCAUAUGGUGUGAGGAAAGUGUAAUUAUGAGUUCUGUUGGGACUGUCUUGGCCACUACCCAAGCUAUAACCACACAGAGAUUACCUUCUGCCCAAUAAGGAAGGUAAUCCUGUUAGUUUUCUUAUUGUUUUUGAUAUUAUCCAUAAAUACCAAAAUCUGCCUUCUUUCAGAAUUAGUCGCUAAUUUUGAAUUCUUAAUUUUAGAUUGGGCAGUUUUCUUGAUUGUUUCUAAUGCUUAUGCUGCCCUAGUUCUUGUAUUCUUUGAGCUCUACAGUGAAGCUACUAGCAACUAUCGGCUAAUGAAUGAGUUUCCAGAGUACUCAUUAGUGUAUAGAAGGAACUUUAUAUGGUAUGGUAUGCUGUCUGCUGCAUAUCCCAUAGGUUACAUCUCGAUGAGUGUUUUCUUGUAUUUCAUCUCAGAUUAUUAUAAUUCUAUGCUUAAAUGAUUGGCUGUAGAAGGAAUGAUAGCAGUAAUAGGAGUCUUGUCCUUCAUUAUUGUAUAUUGCAUCUUCUCUAUUUUUAAAGGUGUUUUUGGUCAAAGGCAACAAGCAUAUGAAAUGGAUCAAGAGCUGGGAGAUGAUCCAGAAAUGUGGAGUAAUGGGAGAAAUUAUGAAGAUGACCAAAGACUUGAUGAACCAUUUAUACCUAAGUACGAAGAUUAUGAAGAAGAGGAGGAAAAGAGGCCAUUUGGGAAAUCCGAAUAUAAAAACAUACAAAGUAAAGAAGACGAUAUGCUCGAGCUAGUCAAUGUACAGAAAGAAAUUAAUCGGUUUAAUCAGGUAAAAAGAUCAUGGAAUAAUCCAUUUGAAAAAGACCCGAAUGUAAGAACCUUUGGAGGAGUUUCCGAGACAAUAUAAAUUAACUCUCCUCUUUAAA